AUGGCUACGCGGGCAAUCACGCCGACGCCCACCGGCCCAUUCGCUGCACCCAACCGGCCCACCACGCCGGGCUCUGCAGCGCGCAAUGCUCACAGUGGAGCGACGUUUGGAACCCAUCUCACAAAGUCGCCCCGCGGCCUGUCGCCGCGGCCCUCGCCCCAGCCGCUCACCGGAGCAGCUGCCCUCGCAGAUGAGCGCCGCUUCCGAGAACAAACGUCGAGGCAGACGAGCCCCAAUCCUGCUGUUGCUGCGCUGCAGAGCCUCAAUGGAAGCAUGCAGCCCAUGAGCUACACCCCAGACGCCCCGCACGACAGCGCACAUGCAAACCAAAAGGCCGACAAGGUCACCAAGCCGCUCAUCAUCCCCGACCAUGCAAACGUCACGGGCGACAACAUGCAGACGAGCCCAGUUAGCCUGUCGAGCUUCGGCGACGGGGACGCGCCACACGCGCCCGGCGGUGCUGCUGUCGAAGGAAAUACGUCUUCCGCUGGCAACACAGGUCGGGAAGGGGCGCCCCAGCAUCCCCAGCAGCACCAUCAACAUCAUCACCAGCUCAUUGCACCAAACCCAGGCGACAACCCAGGCAACCGUGCCUUUACGUUUCCAGGGCCGUUGCCCCCAGAGCCGGACCCGCGUGCCCCAGCACGGCAGAUGAGCCUGCCUGGAUAUGGCCAAAACACGCCCAAAUCGCCUUCGACCAAGCGUCACAAAUGCCCAUACUGCUCCACCGACUUUACGCGACACCACAACCUCAAAAGCCAUCUUCUAACACACAGCCAAGAGAAGCCGUACGAAUGUCCCACCUGCCAAGCCCGUUUCCGUCGUUUGCAUGAUUUGAAACGCCACACGAAACUGCAUACUGGCGAGCGUCCCCAUACAUGCUACAAGUGUGGCCGCAGGUUCGCACGUGGCGAUGCGCUUGCGCGCCAUAACAAGGGUCAAGGUGGCUGUGCGGGGCGCCGCUCUAGCUUCGGCAUCGACGACGACCUUGGGGAUGGCAAAGGCGAUGAAGGCAUGGAUGGCGUCAUCUACACUGGUGAACCAGACGGCGAGGGUGACGAUGACGACGAUGGCAGGCGCGUCAGUGAGCCGGCCCGCAAGAGACAAAACACGGGCAACUCAACCCAAGCCCCGUCCAGCAUUUCAUCCAUCCACAACGCAAACACGCAGCCGAAUGUCUUUGCGCAGGGCGGCAUGACCGAAAGCCCAAGGCCACUCUCGCCAGGCCAGCAGGAGCAGCACCGUCUUGGUGCACCAGAAAACAGUCUGCCAGGCUCCCGUUCGCCGAGCCUGUCACAUCACAUUCAUCAGCAAAAUUACGCCCGUGGUCGAGGAACCCCUCCCAUCGGCCUGGCCCCUCCUGGUGCAACUAACGGGCCCCAUCUGCCCUCAUUGCCUGGACUUAGCCCUAUGCCCCCAAAGCAGGGUUCGCAAGGCGGCAAGAGCAAUGGCCCCAGCAUGCUCCAGCACCAGACCAUGGCAGCCCCUGGAAGCAGCUCGCAACCUGGAAGCAUGUCGAGUCACGGGGGUAGUGGCAGUAGCAUGCGCGAGGUACUGAGCAAUCAGGUUGAUGUGUGGCAAUAUGUUCGUGAAAUUGAGACUCGCAUGGCAAGGAUGGAGAAGGAGCAUAAUGAGAAGAUCUCGACGUUGCAAAACGAGAUCACGACGCUUCGUGCUCAGCUGGCUCAACAGCACGUCAACAACACGCAAGGCCAACAAGGGCACUAGUGGAGAUUUCCGUUGCAUGUUAUUUUCAGCGGUCAGGCGCGUUUGUGCAAUGUCGGUCUCUUCGGUCUUUUCGCUCUUGACGAGUAGCUUGGGCCGUGGGGAGAAUGGCGUUGGACAAGUGCUUCAUGGAGGCGUUAAAAGGAGUGAAAAACCAAGAUUGAGCAACAGACGAGAUUUCAGGCUUCUACAUGGAUCAACAUACGUCAGGGACACGACGAGCAUGUUACAAUGAUACCCCAUGCUAAGAUUGGUCGCAAUAUUCUUUUGGCAUUCUUUGG